AGAGGUCGCUGUUGUCAGUGUGUGAAUGGGGAUCGGAGGAGGACUGAUGGAGUCCACGGAGCUCGGUCGCGAUGAACCCGUUUGACGGCUCCGGUUCUCCGCGACACGAGGAGCCGGCGGACGGCCGGUGUCCGUGGUCCCGCUUCACCUCCUGGCUGGAGUGCGUGUGUGUCGUCACCUUCGACCUGGAGCUCGGACAAGCUAUAGAGCUGCUGUUUCCUCCAGAUGUGAAACUCACCGAGAAAGAGAAAACCACUAUCUGCUACCUGUCCUUCCCCGACUCGUACUCAGGAUGCCUCGGGGACACUCAGUUCAGCUUCAGGCUGCGUCAGUCAGUGGGUCGCAGAGCGUCGAGGUCCAGAGAAGACAUCUAUAACCGAGACGCUCCGGUCACACUGCAGAAGGAAGUGUCCCAUUUCUGUGGUUACGUCUAUUUCAGACAAGUGAAGGACGUAACAGUAAAGAGAGGAUAUUUCCAGAAGUCUCUAGUGUUGGUGUCCAGGCUGCCGUACACUCACCUGUUCCACUCGCUGCUGCAGAUUAUCGCACCUGAGUUCUUUGAGAAGCUGGAGCCCUGCCUUGAAACUGUUUGUAACGAGAUUGACCAAUGGCCUUCACCUGUGCCUGGAAUGACCCUCAACCUGCCUGUGAUGGGCGUGGUCUUACAGGUGAGAUGAGGGGGUGUGGUCUCACAGCAGUGACUUAACACAAUGCAUGCUGGGUAGAAAUGUUAUGA